ACUGCUUCUACAAAUAUUUGUGAAAGACUGUGCAAUAAUUCCAUCUAUGAAAUUUCCUUGCUACCAAAUAUUCCACGGUCAACUGUUAGUGGUAUUAUAACAAAGUGGAAGCAAUUGGGAAAAACAGCAACUCAGCCACAAAGUGGAAGGCCAUGCAAAAUGCAGAGUGGGGUCAGGGCAUGCUGAACAGCAUAGUGCACAGAAGUCGCCAACUGUCUUCAGAGUUAAUAGCUAAAGAGCUCCAAACUUGGUGUGGCCUUUAGAUUAGCAUAACAACAGUGCAUAAAGAGCUUCAUGGAAUGGGUUUCCAUGGCCGAGCAGCUGCAUCCAAG